AUGGACGCAGAACCCGAGGACAGAGCCUACACGGCCGUGAACAUGCGCGGGUUUGGAUCUGCAGACGUCUGGACCCGACUCCCAGAAGACCCAGAGACUGCUGUGCAGAAGUACUCGGGAGGGAGGCCAGCCCCCUCCAGAAGGGGUCAGGACAGGGUUCCAAGCACAGCCGAUCUCCGAGCUCAGCCUCGCGGUCCCGCAGACCGAGGCCCCGUGCCCCGAGUUUGCCGCGUGCCGCUCCCAGGGGCUGGGCUGCCCGCUCGGGUGUGCCACCGCGGGGCCUCGGUGCGGCGAAACCCGGGGCACGACGGGGGAGCCCAGAAGUUGGGGGAGCUCUCUGAAGUGGCCAGCUCAGCUGCAACCCCGGAGGAGCACCUGGCCCUGCCCGCCGCCGCCGCCUCUCCCGGCGCAGGCCGGGCGCACGCCACCUGUGAAAGGGAAACGCGCGCGAGGCCGGGCGACCUUGGGUGGGACGCACGGGCGUCCGCGCCCCGGGAGGGCGAGAGCCGCAGCUCGCGGAAAGUUAAGCCGCGGCGCGGCGUUCGGAGCGCCGUGCCCGCGAUUCCCGCCCCCCGGGGACGGGGACGCGCGCGGGGGGCCCGCGAGGCUGCCGAGGGCGGCCGCGGCGGUCACCGGAGGCGCGUCAGGAGGGGCCCGGCGGGGCGCGCGGGCGGCGGGAAGGAGAGGGCCUGCCUGACAGGCGGCGACGGCCCGGGCGCCGGAGCGCCGCCCCGACGGCGCCGCCCCCGGGGCCCCCGCAGGUGCUCCCCGUUCCACCGGCGGCCCCCACUCACCGCUCCUCGGCCCCCGUCAGGGCGCAGAGUCCUCGCGCCGCCGCCGCCGCCGCCCCCCGGCCCCCGGCCCCCGCCUCUACCGCGCGGCCCCUCAGCGCAGCGCCGCGGCCGCUCCCCCACGUGCGCGCCGCGCCGGGGGAACACAGACACGUUAAAUACCGAGGACGCGCGGCGACGUGCCCGCGGCGCGACGCAGGCCCCGCCCCCCGCCCUCGUGCCCCGCCGCCGGCCCGCCGCCCCUGCGCGUGCGCGCCGCUCCCGGCCGCGCCAGAGGGGGCGCGGUCUAGAGCGCGCCGCCGCCGCCCGCCGCCCGCCGCCGCCGCCGGGCGCUGCCCGUGCUCUCGCGAGAUGA